AUGUCCAAUGUUCGAAAGGCGGUUCCCUCUGCGGGACGGAGUGCCCCCGCAUCAACUUCCGGCAAGAAACGAAAGUCACAGGGCCCAAGAUACUACGCAGUGCAAGUUGGGAAAAGGCCCGGUGUUUAUUUAACCUACGCCGAAUGCGAAAAGCAAACAAACGGGUUCAGAGGCGCGAUUUUCAAAUCCUUCCUCUCGAGGCAAGAUGCCGAGGCAUUUGCGGCCGGAAAGAAGGUCCAGGCCAACUCCGACGAGCCCCAGAAGUUCUACGCAGUGGCGGUUGGCAGGCCUUCAGGCAUAUACAACGAUUGGUCGGAAGCGAGCGAGGCGAUCAAAGGCGUGAGGGGUCCCAAGUACAAGAAGUUUGCCACGCGAGCGGAGGCUGUCGCUUUCAUUAGAGAGCACGGGAGCGCCGAGACCCUCAAAGCACUGGGAGAAACAGUGGCGGAAGAGGAGGAGGAGGAGGAAGAGGAUGACGACGACGACGAGGAUGACAUAGAAGAGUCAAGGCCGGCCAAGAAAUUAAAGACGACAGGGAAGGAGAAGACUGAUGGUUUUAUGCAGAUAUAUACCGACGGAAGUAGCCGCUCCAACGGGAAGGCUGGCGCGAGGGCUGGAAUAGGCGUUUUCUUUGGAGAAGGCGACCACAAGAACAUCUCGGAGCCUUUACCCGGCGAGCUUCAGACGAACCAACGAGCAGAGCUCAUGGCCAUGCUGCGGGCUCUGGAGGUAGUUGCGGACGAACAGGAUGUCCGGAUUAUCAGCGACAGUAAAUACUCGAUCAACUGUGUGACGGAAUGGGCAGAGAAGUGGGAGGCAGGGGGUUGGAGAACAAGCAACGGGGACAAGGUCAAGAACCAGGAUAUCAUCAGCGCGAUACGGAAGAGAAUGGCUGAACGGAGCCAAGCUGGGGCUCAGACGGACUUCCGCUGGGUGAAGGGUCACGCUUCGGACCCGGGUAACGUAGCUGCGGAUCUGUUGGCGGUCAAUGGAGCCAAGCAGAGAUGA